GUUUCCGGGAAGGGUUCUCGGACGGGUUCGAAAGUGGGUGGAGGGAGGAGGGAGGAGGGCUGCGAAGCAGGGGGACUCCAGGUCACGUCCCCGGUGUACGGCCUACUCCCUCGGCUCGGCGCCGCUAUGGAGGGCGGAGGGCGGCCCUCGCUGGGGCAGUUUAUCCUCCUGGGCACCAGCUCCGUCGUCACCGCCUUCUUGUACUCCGUGUACCGGCAGAAGGCCCAGGUCGCCCAGGAGCUCAAGGGAGCUAAGAAAAUCCACUUGGGUGAAGAUUUAAAGAAUAUUCUCUCAGAAGCACCUGGAAAAUGUGUGCCUUAUGCUGUUAUUGAAGGAGCUGUGCGAUCUGUUAAAGAAACACUGAACAGCCAGUUUGUGGAAAAUUGCAAGGGGGUGAUUCAGCGGCUGACGCUUCAGGAGCACAAGAUGGUGUGGAACAGAACAACCCACCUUUGGAAUGACUGCUCAAAGAUCAUUCAUCAGAGGACCAACACAGUGCCCUUCGAUCUGGUGCCCCAUGAGGACGGUGUGGAUGUGGCCGUCCGAGUGCUGAAGCCGCUGGAUUCAGUGGAUUUGGGCCUAGAGACUGUGUACGAGAAGUACCACCCCUCAGUCCAGUCCUUCACUGAUGUCAUUGGCCACUACAUCAGUGGUGAGCGUCCCAAGGGAAUCCAGGAGACAGAGGAGAUGCUGAAGGUGGGGGCCACCCUCACCGGGGUUGGAGAACUGGUCCUGGACAACAACUCCGUCCGCCUGCAGCCCCCCAAACAAGGCAUGCAGUACUAUCUCAGCAGCCAGGACUUUGACAGCUUACUGCAGAGGCAGGAGUCAAGCGUCAGGCUCUGGAAAAUCCUGGCCCUGGUGUUUGGCUUUGCCACAUGUGCCACGCUCUUCUUUAUCCUCCGGAGGCAGUACCUGCAGCGGCAGGAGCGCCUGCGCUUGGAGCAGAUGCAGGAGGAGUUCCGGGAGCAUGAGGCCCAGUUGCUGAGCCAAGCCUCGCCGGAGGACAGGGAGAGUCUCAAGAGUGCUUGUGUCGUGUGUCUGAGCAACUUCAAGUCCUGUGUCUUUCUGGAGUGUGGCCACGUGUGUUCCUGCCGUGAGUGCUAUCUCGCCUUGCCAGAGCCCAAGAGGUGCCCCAUCUGCCGGCGGGAGAUCUCCCGGGUGAUUCCCCUGUACAGCAGCUAGCAGCCCUGUGCCACACAGCUGCACCCAGAAGCAGCCUCCCCUCAGGGAGUUGUGCUAGGCCUCUGGAAGAGCCGUAGAGGGGACUGCCGUUCCUCCAGGUGUGACUGACUGAGCAGGAGCAGUCCAGAUCCACACCUCCACCAGCAGGGCAUUGCCCUUCCAAUCUGAGCCUUUCAAGUCCAGAGCACAUGGGAGAGCCCCACUCUGCACGGAAGUGAUGGCCCAAACAUUGUUUCCUGAGAAGCAGAUCAGUGGGGAGACCAGAAGGACCACAUUGCCUGAGCAACAACGCUCUCCUGGACCUUGCUGGGGAUGUGACUCCCUGCAGAUCUGGGGAGGAAAACAGGCUCUUGAGGCCCCACACAGCUGCCUGUGGGAUGCCCUUCUGUAGCUUUUCUUCCUUUGCUUCCACCUGGGGAGAAGGUCUUUCUUCAAAAUUGUCAGGCUGGGCAAAUCACCUGUGUCUCUUUCUCCUCAACUGCCUGCCUUCUAAAUGUGUGCACAUGUAGAACAGGACAGAGGAAGUGAGGUCAGCCCUUCUGCCUCUGCCAGAAAGUGGGCCAUGGAACAGCAGGACAGGAGGGGGUCUCUGGUGAUUUGUCAGGUCGCCCUGCUGGUGUCCCCUCUGACCUGUGAAGGUCCUCCAGAGAGCACACCUUGGCCCUCUCAUGCAGCUUGCAGGGCCCUGAGGCAGUGCAGCUUUCCCAGCUGGAAGAUGAGCCAGGAAGCUGACCUGGAGGAAGUGACAAGGACAUUGCUGAGCUGGCCUCCUGGCUCUCCUAUCUUCUUUGCUCGCUUUCACCAAGGAAAAGUAGCCAGCUGGCACCUAGAGCACCCAGCUCAUCAGAGCUGCUCCCUGUCCCUGGCCUGUGGCAGAGGUAACAUCCCAGGGGUGCAGUCACAUUUCCUGCCCCAUCCCCCUCACCCCUCGCUUGUCCCUGUUGAGCCUGUGAGUGCAAGAGAAGUUGGGGAGCGUCCUUCACCUCUGAGUAGCCAAAAACAGCUCUUUUACUGUCCCUCCCUGUCCUUGAACGUUCACCCUGCAUCCUUCUCUGUGGGGAUGGGUUACUCUCAGGGGCUGACACUAGGAUCAUGAGUGUCCAGUGUGCACAGCACAAAUUAAACAUCUUGCAACCA